AUGCCUCCUAUUCCCGGAGGUACGCUCGAUCGUCGCCGAGUGAUCUGCUAUCAUCAGACCCUAAUUCCGGGCGACGGUCCGUACGUAUCCAUGCUCCCACUUUUGGAGCACCACACCGGCGUAACACAUAUUAUCCUCGCCGCCAUUCAUCUGAAUGAGGGCCCAGGGAAUAUCACUCUGAAUGAUGAUUCUUUCGAGAGCCCCAAGUUUCACCCCCUGUGGGCCGAGGUGCCUCGUAUCAAAGAAGGCGGGGUGAAGGUGAUGGGCAUGCUGGGAGGGGCCGCCCAGGGGUCCUUUCGUCGUCUCGAUGGCAGUCUGGAGCAAUUCGAGCAAUAUUACGGUCCACUACUGGCAACUCUGCGACGCUACGGGCUCGAGGGUCUCGAUCUCGAUGUGGAGGAGGACAUGUCUCUUCAGGGAAUCAUCCGACUGAUUGAUCGAUUGAAGGCUGACAUGGGGGACGACUUCAUCAUCUCCUUGGCUCCGGUUGCGGCGGCUCUUCUUGGUAUUGGAAACCUAUCAGGGUUCGACUACCGACAGCUUGAACAGGCUCGCGCUGCCAAAAUUGGCUGGUACAACGCCCAAUUCUACAAUGGAUGGGGCGUUGCUGAAGACCCUCGUAUGUACGCUGCUAUCGUUGCUCAGGGCUGGUCCCCACGACGGGUCGUCUACGGUCUCUUGACAAACCCAGGAAAUGGGUCUCAAGGAUACGUGCCGCGUGACAAGAUCACCACCGUUCUGUCGAUGCUGGUCGAUCGAUUCCCGGACUUUGGUGGAGUGAUGGGGUGGGAGUAUUUCAACGCUCUGCCUGGCGGCCGUGAGAAGCCUUGGCAAUGGGCCACCGAGAUGUCAUUGAGCAUGGGUUUGAAGGAUGUCGUGAUCGCUGCUCGUCAAGUUCUUACUGCUGGUCCGAUGAUCAACAGCUUGAACAAUCUCUUCCAAGAUAUGAUGAACCAACGACGGGGAACAUGA